AUGGCUUCGACAUUCGGUGCCACUUGUACAGUUGGCCUUAUGGCUGCUCCAACAGGGAAGAAUGUGCGCCUUCAGAGGAGGACUAACUUCAGAGUAAAAGCAGCCAAGGAGCUGUACUUCAACAAAGAUGGCUCAGCUGUCAAGAAGCUCCAGACUGGAGUCAAUAAGCUUGCAGACCUAGUUGGAGUUACACUCGGACCAAAGGGAAGGAAUGUCGCUUUGGAGAGCAAGUAUGGCUCUCCUAAGAUUGUUAACGAUGGUGUUACAGUUGCAAGAGAGGUUGAGCUGGAGGACCCUGUGGAAAACAUUGGAGCUAAAUUGGUCAGGCAAGGUGCAGCUAAGACCAAUGAUCUAGCUGGAGAUGGGACAACCACCUCCGUUGUCCUUGCUCAGGGACUGAUUGCUGAGGGUUUUAAGGUGUGCCACUAG